AUGAUGGAUUUUAGUGGCGGUGGAAUUACAAAUGACUACUCUAUUGAUGAUGUCAAGCAUGCUGAUAACUCUAUUGUGAGUUCUAGUUCGAUCUUCUUCCAGUUUCUUUUUUCAACUUCUACUCCAGGUGUUUAAAAGCAAAUACCUCAAUGAAAAUGUCAGGCACAAAUUUUUUCUGCUAGAACAUAGAAUUUUUCCUAUAUAGCUUCUUAAAUAUUUUCAAGUAAACAAUUUUCAUUGUUUCCAGUUAGCAAUUUUAUCUGCAAUCACUUGCUUGUCUUUUUGUAAAAAAUAUAUGUAAAUUCAAGCUCUGUUGCUUAGCAAGCGAACCUUGGUAUCUCCGUAAAAACAAAAUGGAACAUUGCAAAAAUGGUCACUCCCCAUUUGUCAGCAAGUAGUAGUAUUGUUUAAGAGUCGAAACUUCCUUCAAUGGGUGACAUUUGCCUUAGACUAACAAUUCUGCAACUAAUAUCUCCACGAUCUCCUUGUUUUUCCCUCCACUUAAUCCAUGGCUCCUCCAACUCCAAGACUAGUGGUGCCAAUAGACUUGAAGAAGAAGCCAUGGGAACAACCUAUACCUCUUCACAACCGUUGGCACCCUGAAAUACCCUCGGUUGCCGAUGUUAAAGUCGGUGAGGUCUUUAGAGCAGAGAUGGUAGACUGCACUGGAGGUAUCAUAAAAGAUGAUGAUUCUGCAACUGAUGUAAAAUUUAUAGACGGUUCCACCGUUCAUUAUCUCAGUGGGCCGAUGAGAGUUCUAGACAACGAUGGCAUACCUGCCAAGCCUGGUGAUCUUCUUGCAGUGGAAAUUUGUAACCUGGGUCCUCUGCCAGGGGAUGAAUGGGGUUUUACAGCCACGUUUGACAGAGAAAAUGGUGGGGGCUUUUUGACAGACCAUUUUCCAUGUGCAGCCAAAGCUAUUUGGAAUUUUGAAGGAAUUUAUGCCUACUCUCCUCAUAUACCGGGGGUGAGAUUUCCUGGUUUGACUCAUCCUGGAGUAAUUGGGACUGCACCAUCAAUGGAACUUCUGAAUAUAUGGAAUGAAAGAGAAAGAGAAGUAGAAGAAAAUGGCCAUAAGUCCCUAAAGCUAUGUGAAGUUUUGCACUCACGACCAUUGGCAAACCUUCCAUCAACCAAAGGCUGCCAUUUGGGGAAGAUAAAAAAGGGAACCGCUGAAUGGGAAAAGAUUGCCAAGGAGGCGGCAAGGACUAUUUCAGGAAGAGAAAAUGGAGGAAAUUGUGACAUCAAAAACCUUAGUAGAGGUUCAAAAAUAUAUCUUCCAGUGUUUGUAGAAGGAGCAAAUCUUAGCACCGGUGACAUGCAUUUUUCUCAAGGUGAUGGUGAAGUCGCCUUCUGCGGAGCAAUUGAGAUGAGUGGUUUUCUAGAGCUCAAGUGUGAAAUCAUAAGAGGUGGAAUGAAAGAGUACCUGACUCCAAUGGGGCCUACACCACUUCAUGUAAACCCAAUCUUCGAGAUUGGCCCGGUUGAACCCAGAUUCUCAGAAUGGUUGGUAUUUGAGGGAAUAAGCGUGGAUGAGAGUGGAAGGCAACAUUUCCUUGAUGCAAGUGUUGCAUAUAAACGUGCAGUGCUCAAUGCUAUUGACUACCUCUCUAAGUUCGGGUACUCCAAAGAACAGAUCUACCUUCUGUUAUCCUGCUGCCCCUGUGAAGGAAGAAUAUCCGGAAUUGUGGAUUCACCGAAUGCCGUUGCAACUCUUGCAAUUCCAACUGCUAUCUUUGACCAGGACAUUCGUCCAAAAACUGAAAAGGCGCCAGUAGGGCCUCGGGUAGUGAGAAAACCAGAUGUGUUAAGAUGCACUUACGAUGGAAAUCUUCCCACAACAAAGAAUCCAGCUGCCUUGAUGUAACUAAAGUCCAUGGAGCUAAAAG